GGUUAGAGAAAUUUACAAAGGACGCUUCAGUAUCAUUGAUCUGCAACACUAGCCAUUGUCCUCUGUGCAAACAACCACACUAUCUCCUAGACUUUGCCUUCAGCUGCUUCUGCAUCAGCACGACGUUAAAGAAAUUUACAAAGGACACUUCAGGAUCAUUGAUCUGCAACUACCCAUUGUCGUCUGUGAAAACAGCUACACUAUCUCCUAGACCUUGCCUUCAACUGCUUCUGCAUCCAUGACAUAAAUGUGAAGAAAAUAUAAACAGAUAGAACAAUUCACCGUUUUCCGCCAAGAAAUGUGAGGUGCAAUUUAAUACUUGUUAUCUCAUUUAACAAGACAUUUUUCGAAUACAAUUUUAUCACUUGAAUCAAACCAUGAGCUGCCGUCAAAGAUUUGGGUUGAGAAGACAACCUUUAGGGCAUAAACCUACAUCGGUGUCGGUUACAAAGGAAAAACCAAAACCAGUGGAAAGAGCACCAACAAGACCAAUUAGAGUUUUUGGCCAUGGAAGACGUGAUUUUGGUAUUAUAAACUUAAAAGUGGAUCCAACAAAAUUCCUUGAUCGUACCGCAGUGUUUUCCAGUGUAGAAGAAGAAAGGAUUUUGCCCUGGAAAAGAUUGUACAAUGAUAUUGAAGACUUGUCUCGUACUAAACAAGGAGACCUUGUUUGGUCGACAUUAGAAUAUUUUGAAAAAAGCAAAGAUGUAAUCACAUACGUUGAUACAUUGAUAUCGAUUUGUAUGAGGAGUGACCACAUACUGGAUUUAACCACGAGGAACUUUGCACUAAUAUCGAAUACAGUUGAAUUCGGAGAGAGAAUAAAAAGACAGAUGUUUUUCAACCUAAAUCAUCUCUAUGAUGAUCUUCAACAUGCUACUGGCCUGGAAGAUGGUAACGACCCACACUUACUGUUGAAAUAUUACACCAGAGACAGUUACUACUCCUUUGCUAAACUUGUUGGUCUUUUGUUUUUUAGAUUUAGAAAACAUCUUUACUCAAAUGAAAGAUUUAAACUGCUAGCUGGUCCAGUUAUCUUCGGGUUCAAUUGCCUGUUACACUUAGGAACUUUGGAAUCCUUCAAGCUUUUCGUCAGAUUGGUACAACUGAACUUUCAUGCACUGGAAGAGUGGGAAGAUGAAUCUCUCACCAACCUUGUGAACAAGGUGAAAGAGCUAAGACGGACUUUUAAAGAGACAGACGAAGAAUGGAUCUGGUUGUCGGGGGCAUUAGAUAUCAUUUAUCAAGGACCCACAUUGGAUAAGGCCAUCUACGACAAAUACGUUCACAAGCUGGGUUAUGAUGAAUGGGCAAAACAUGUAGCUCUCUACCCUCCCGUAGAAUCUUUGCAAGAAGUAAACGAGUUUGUAGUAGAAGAGAAGUCGGACCGUUUCCACAUCAGCCCUAUUGAUAUAAAAAGAAACAUGUUCAUCUUCUUUCCGUAGUUCAAAGCCUACAGGUUCAAGCGAGAGAUGAUUAAUCCAUCAACCAGAAUACCAACAUCUAGCGAUAUCUUCAGCUCGAAUGUGACUUUAAAGUGAUAUCUUUAGCAAAACUGUGACUGUGAAAAGAUAUCUUCAGCUCAACUGCGACAUCUUCAGCUCAGCUGUGACAUAAAAGUGACAUCUUCAGCUCAACUGUGACUUAAAAAGUGAUUUAUCAGUAUUAAAUAAAAAUUUGUUUUGUGUUUCAGUGUUUACAAUAUUGUUUCAUUCGUUAUUUUGUGUUUGACAGGAGAAACUUUACUCCAGUGAAAUAACUGAUUCUUGUAAGUUACCCGCAUUUAGUCAGGGAGUGUUAGUUGGUGGAAGAGAAACCACCACUUAGUGUUACUUUGCUCUGCCAUGCUGUUGCCAAGUUCUCACUAGCCUUACCAUUGGUGAAGCUGGCAAGGGGCUUUAGUGUGAUUGAUGAUUAAGUAUCAAAGAAAACAAGUUCCUAAUUUUGUAAAUUUAUUUUGUUAAAUUUAUUUUUAUAUUUUUAUCUUACUUGUUUAUUAAAGUAGUUUAGCUUAGAGCUUAAAUUGGUCCAUUAAAAACAAAAUGUACUUGAAAACUGGUUGUAAAAAGUAACAAUAACUAUUUGGGACACAAAUAAUACAGUAAAGCGGUGACAAUUUUGUUAAUUUAUUGUAAUACUGUAUGCAACAAAAUCAAAAUUUUGAAAUACUAAGUUUUAAGUCAGUUUGUAAUAGACUUACUUAUCAUAAAAUAUUAAAACUUUAUAUUCAUUAAAAUAGAAUGCAAUUUGAUGUAAAAAAUCAUGAACUAAUAACCAUUCACUUGUAGGAAUAUAAUGUUUUCUUUCAAAUAUGUUUUGGACAUUUAAAAAUUAAAUGUGGGUUUUAGUGAUUGUAAACCUCGAUUUUAAAAUGUACAGUAUUAAGGCGAAAGUUGUAUAAAUAUAAAGUAUAUUUAUUUAUUGAAUAACGGAGUGAAAUUUACUCAAUCAGAAAGUACUAAAGUUUCAUACUUGUAGUUUUAUAAUUCAACCCCAUUAUUUUAAUUGUAAAGUAUUAUGUUAAAAAAAAAAAUUCUUGAUAAUUUGUGUCCCACUAGAAAUGUAACAAUAUUGGCACAAUAUAAAUGUCUUCAAACUAUCUGUCACAGGAAUUAUGCUCAAUAGCAAACAACAUUUUGUAAAAUAAACAACGGGUUAUAUCAUGAAACUCUCAUUGUGCGUUAAUAUUGUUACAAAUCGAAACAGGGUUGGCCAGUUGUUAUUUGUUAUGGUAAAUUUGCAAGUGCCUUAAAAAAUGUUUACCACAGAUACUAUAAAAUAAUCAUAUUGUUAAAAUUUAAAAUAAAAACUUCACCAAUAUUUUAUUAAUUUUUAAUAACAUAUUGAUGAAUUUUUAAUUUUUAUUGAGACCAAUGUUAACAGUUUCUUUAUGAAGAUUAAUCAUAUUGUUAUUUAACUUAUAUAAGUUAAGUUAUGUGUUAUGGUCAAUUUGCAAGUGUAAAAUAAAUAAUUAUAUUGUUAUUUAACUUAUAUGUUAAGUUAACAUUACUACUAUGUUGUAUCAAGUAGUCUUAUUCAAUUGGAUGUGUUUUCAUACUUACUUAACUAUCGCCACAUCAAAAAAUCUUCGCCAUGUUAUCCAAUAUCCGGUCCUCUGCAUCUUGCCCUACUGCUCCGAUUCUCUACAUGUCUACUUUCACUUUUUUCCACCAUAUCUGUUUUGUUCUUCCUCAAGGUCGUCUUCCAAGCGUAUUACCCUCUAAAACUCUUCUCAGUCUGCAUUCUUCGCCUCUUCUCAAUAUGUGUCCUGCCCAUCUGAUUCUUCGGCACUUAAUUUCCCCAAUUAUAUGUGUGCUGUCGUAAAAUUGUCUUAUUUCCAUUUUGAGUCAUCUUCAUUCACAUAUUGGUCCAUAAAUUUUCCUUAGUAUUUUAUUUUCAAAUACAAUUAGUUUCUGUUCAUCUUUAUUAUUUAUUUGCCAUGUUUCUGAUCUGUAAAGGAGAAUUGGGCAGAUUUUUGUUUUGUGAGACACGGAUCUGGAUUACAGUAAUCUAUUGCACACAUGGAAGAAUUUAUUCGGCUUUGGAUCUCCAGUUUAUCAGUAUUUUGAUUUGAUAUUAUUUACUCUUAGGUAUUUAAAACUCUUGACUUUGCAAAGUGCAUGUACUUAGUUUUACAAUCAUUAAUUUUAAACCUACUUUUUCCGCCUCUCAUAAAUAUUUCGGUUAAAGUCUUGAGAUUCUAGAGAUCUUCUAGUUUUUCUGCAAUUACAACAUCAUCUGCAAAGGCUAAUAUGUUUAUCCUGGUUCCUACUUCGCAAUUGUGAUAAUAAACACAAUAAGUGACAUCCCAUCUCCUUGUUUGACAUUUGGAUCCUGUAAUACUCAUUUUUAUUAAUGAUACAAGGCUAUCAAAUGCUUUUUGAAAGUCGAUAAAAAGUGAACAAAAUUUGUUAUUAUACUCUCAUUAUUUGACUAUUAUUUCUUUUAAUAAAUGUUGAUUUAUUGCUCUACCCUUCAUAAAACCCACCUGAUGUUCCCUAAUUAUUUCAUUUUAGUACAGUAGUGAUCUAGCCAAUUUAGGAUAAUUUGUGAAUGACUUAAUAUGAAAUACUAAGAAGUGAGAUUCCUCCGUAAUUACCAUGAUAUUCUUCUUCUACUUUUUUAUGUAUGGGGAUAACGACUGCUUCCUGCCACUCAGUUGGUGUUUCUUCUUGUUCCCAUAUUUUUUAAAUUAAACCCCACAGCUUCUCUGCCAUUUCUAUCCUCUAUUAUUUCUGCUGUUGUUUAAUUUUUGCCUUGUACUUUGUAAUUUGUAGGGUCUUAACGUUAACUCACUAACUGCAUAUUGUACCUCUUCUUUAGUCAGUGGUUCAACAUGAUAAUGAAGUCUAGAUUUGACAGAUUGUACAUCUACCUGUCUUCUUGACUAAUGCUGUUCAUCCAAACAGACAGUUUCCCUUUUUACUGCAUAUGUUUCCAUAACAGUUAAAAUUAACUGUCCCAAUUUUAAAUGAAGUUGCCAACUUUGUAUUUUGCCUUCGUCAUUUUUUGAUUGGAUUAUUGACAAAGUUAAAUUAACUAAAUCGUCAUGUGCGACAAGGACAAUGUUUUUGUGAGUUUUCUACUUUUUUACAAAUAGUUUGUGUAGUUUUGUAUCUGGUUUGAGUUUUUAUCCAAAUGUAUCCAUACAAUCGGCAUAUACCGGUAGUUUAUACUUUAUACUUAUUUUGUACUCAUAUUAGCUCAAUUAAUAAGACUGAUUGUUCAUUAAUAA